AUGUCAAUUCCAACUAGUAUGAAAGCUGUCGUCAUUGAAGGCGUAAACGCUGUCGUAAAGGAAAACGUUCCUUUACCACCUCUCAAGGAGGGUCAAGUGUUAGUCAAGACGCUUGCAGCUGCUGUUAAUCCAACGGAUUGGAAGCACAUUGAGUAUAAACUUGGUCCACAAAGCUCAAUUUCAGGAUGUGACGCUGCCGGACAAGUUGUAAAGUUAGGGGCUAACGUUAAAAAUGUCGCUGAGGGUGAUGUUGUUGCCGGAUUCGCACAUGGUGCAUCUGUCAAACAUCCCGAAAAUGGUGCGUUUGCAGAAUAUGUUGCAAUUGAUUCUGAGUUGCUUUGGAAAUUGCAAUCGAGUUCAGAUUCCCGUGUUUUGAGCGGUAAACAGGAGUUACCUUCAGGACCAGUUUCUAAUAUAGAAGGUCUGGUGACUUUCCCUAUCUCACUAAAUACUGCAGGUGUUGUAUUGGUGAACAACCUAAAAAUUGAUCUAUCAUGGAAGUCAAGCAAGCCUCAGAGGGAUGAGCCUGUUAUCGUUUGGGGUGGUGCAACUGCAUUUGGACAAUGCUUUAUCCAGCUAGCCAAACAGUUGAAUGCAUUCAGCAAAAUUAUUACCGUUGCAUCCCGUAAACAUGAACCUUCAUUGAAGAAAUACGGUGCUGAUCAAUUGUUUGAUUACCACGAUUCUGACGUAGUCGAACAGAUUAAAAAGGAAUACCCAGAAGCACCAGUUGUUGUUGAUGGUGUCUCGAGUCCUGAAACUUAUCCUCAAAUUUAUAAGGUGACGGCUGAUACUAAACCAUCAGUGAUUAUCAAUUUGAUCUAUUUAGAUGACAAAAACGUUGAAAAGCCAAAAUCAAAUGUUAGACACGAAAGUACCAUGUUGUACCUAAUGACUGGUUUUGAUAUACCAUAUGGAUCCCUCCACUUACCCAAGGAUUUGGAGUAUAGAAAAAAGGCCAUUGAGUUUAUCAAAUGGGUACAACCAAAGAUUGAUGCAGGUGACAUUUAUCACCUGCCAGUGAAAAUUUCAAAUGGCUUAGAAUCAAUCCCCAAGCUCUUGGACGACGUAAGGACUGGUAAGAAUUCCGGCGUUAAAUUAGUGGCAGUUUUGUAA